UUACGAACAAAGGGGCAGAUUGGGUACACCUGUCCUCUUAUUUGGCCUCAUUAUCCUACUUCCACAUGGUUUACCUGGUUUAUUCCUCCUCCCGGGGAUGCUAAGGGCCAGAGAAAAGGCUAUGGUUUGGAAUGGCAAGAGGCGGGAGUGUAAAGAAACAAGAAGAUUCUCAAACCCUUGCCUCUAAUGUCAAGGGCACUAGACUAACAGAGGAGAUUAUUACUUCUCACAAGGAUUCUGUUUCAUCAAAAAAGAUCCUUCAUCAUAGUAACUCCCAAGAUAACGACACGCCUCAAGACACGGGCAAGAGACGACAUUCUGCCAAGAAGAGUGAGUCACUUAAUAAUGGGUGCAAAUGGCCGUGCAAUUCUUGCCGAUUUCUAAAUGUAGCCUCAACGGACCAGUGCGUCAUAUGCACAAGAUGGAGGCCCCGCUUACCGAGACAGGCAUCACACCCAGUAACUGGUGUUCACCGAUGGUCAUUCCUCGGUGCAAGCGAUCUCGCACAGACUGCUGCAAAGAAGCGAACAAAUGAAAAGGAGAAGUGGACAUGUCGGAAUUGCAAGUUUCUGAACGUGCGCCAUGCGAGUGAAUGCAUCAUCUGUGGCUGUGGUGCUGAGCGUGGCAGCAAGUUGUCCUUAGUGCCCCGGGAGAUUCUCAGUCCAGUCGCUGAUGAAAAUGGCCCCACUUCUCGGCAAGCACUAUCUAGGGUCUUCGCCGAGGCAAACAUGAGCUCAAACAGUCUAGUCUCCAAAGCGGUCAAGCUCAGUUGGAAGUGUAAACAGUGCCGACACUAUAAUUCGGCACACAGCUCAACAUGCUCAUCGUGCAUCAAGCUCAUCGGUAGUAGUGGCAGCAACACCAGCGGUUUGACUCUAGGUUACAAUAGCCCAGUAGAUAAUGUGAUCACACCCGUGGAGGAGGUGGAGGGAUCAUUGAUGGUGGAAAACAGUCUCUACUUUCUGGGAAAUAAUGCCUCUGCAUUAACUUCCCCUGACACAGAAUGUAAUCGGUCACCAAAGAGGCAAAUUUCUUAUGCUUAUGGCCAGUUGCGAUCUAAGUUAAGUAAAUCAGAAGAUAAACCAGUGUACGUGCCAGUGUCUUCUAGGAGUGCUGACAGAAUUAGUAGUCAGGACUUUGAUAACUUGGUCGUAGAAUUUGACACAAACAAAAAUUAUAGUGUGCGUAACAGCAAUGAUAAUGAGGAGGUAGAGACGUGGGUGUGUAAACGGUGCACACUGAAAAAUCCCAUUGACUUUGAAUAUUGUGAGGUGUGUGAUGCUCCACGAAAGCCAAACAUCCCGACUACUCUGCCGAAGAAAAAUAAAAACAUUCUUGGUGUGUCGGGUAAUGACAUAGAAAAUGGUAAUAGUGAAUGUCUUACGAGUCAAAAGACAGCUGUCAAACCUCAUUCAGGAAAAACUUCCCUUCGGAAAUCAGUAAGUGACGCAACAGAUCUGAACAUUGCCGAAUCUCUUGCCAAAUUUGUUGCCAGUAGACUUUCCUCUCCAUCAGAAACAAAUAUGUCUGACCCAGAAAAAGUUGUGGAGGAAUCCAAGCCUGAGAAUGCCAUGGCGGUGUCGCCACCUGUGGUGGAUCUGACACGUGCUGCCAGCCAGGAAGAAUACUCAUUAGCUGAAUCAGACAUGUGGUCAUGUGGUUUUUGCUCCUUUGCAUACAAUCCCUCGUGGUCAGAAACUUGUGAUAUGUGCAGUAGUGCUAAGGAACGAGAAAAAAAUCCAAAGACACGAGAAGUGUUAAAUCAAGGUCUUGAUGAAGACUUCCAGUUAUUAACAACAGACCUGACUGAGGAGGGUGACUCACCAGACCAAAGUUGGACAUGUAUUAAGUGUACUUUAGUGAAUCCCGGUGCAGAAAAUGCAUGUAAGGUGUGUGGGGGGUCUAGGCUGAAAAGUAUCUGUUAUGUGGACGAUGCCACACUCAAGAGAGGAGAGUUCUGGACAUGUGUAGUGUGUACUUUAAAGAAUCCAAUUUUUGCCAGGCGUUGCAAAGCAUGUAAAGCUAAAGUUGAUGGCACUGGUGGUACAAGAGACAAGCUCAGUUCAAAUAAUGAAUCCAAGCCUAAGGAUUCAAGACCAAAGUCUGAACAUAUCAGCAGCCCAAGCUGGAGUAUUGGUGCCCAGAAAUCACCAAGUUUGCAGAGGAUGAGUCUGAUGGACACUUCUGCUACUAACGGCAGCAGGACGGUUCCCCAAACAGAUAAUCAAAAUGGUUCUCAGUGCAACGAUACAUCUACUCGGGGGAAUGGAGCCAUACCCAAGUCUAACACGGUUGCGGGCUGCCAACUCCCGGCAGUACCCCAGGCUCCCCGGUCGCCGUCGUCCGUGCCCAAUUCUCCCGUAGCUCGACCCAGAGAAAUGCUCACCUCUUCUGCCUCGUCUACCUCCUCUUGGAACUGUAGUGCCUGUACCUUUAAUAACAGUGCCAGUGCCGUGUCGUGUGCCAUGUGCGGCUCCUCACCGACCUUAGGAGAUGUUCAAAUUACCUGGCCGUGCGACCGAACUUACAGGGGACACUCAGAGUUAAUGGAUGUGCUUAGGGAGAUGGAAGUACAGGAUGCUUUGAACAGGUGGACGAGGAUUGUUCAGUACUGCAAAGUGAACCAACAUCCAUUUGUAGACGAUUCCUUUCCACCUGUGCCGAAGUCCUUAUUCUACAGCUCAUCUGAGAAGUAUGAAUCUCGUGUAACACAAUGGUUGCGUCCACAUGAAAUUGUAACAGACUCAGACAAUCGUAAUGUCAAGUGGGCAGUCUUCAGAACACCUCUUCCAUCUGAUAUUUCUCAAGGUGUCCUGGGUAACUGCUGGCUCUUGAGUGCGUUGGCUGUGUUGGCCGAGAGGGACGACCUCGUCAAGAAGAUCAUGGUUACUCGGGAGUUCUGUCCAGAAGGAGUCUAUCAGGUACGUCUGUGUAAGGCUGGACGUUGGGUUACCGUUCUAGUGGAUGACCUCCUCCCCUGUGACCGCCACUGUCGUCUAGUGUAUUCUCAAGCCAAGCGACGUCAGCUGUGGGUCCCCCUCAUUGAGAAAGCUGUAGCCAAGGUUCAUGGGUGUUACGAGGCUCUGGUGUCUGGUCGAGCCAUAGAGGGACUAGCCACGCUUACUGGAGCACCGUGUGAGAGCCUUCCCUUACAGGCUUCUUCAUCCCCACACGAGGAUGACAUAGAUGAAGACUUGAUAUGGGCACAGUUGCUUAGUUCCCGUUCAGCUGGCUUCCUGAUGGGUGCAUCAUGCGGGGGAGGUAACAUGAAGGUUGUGGAUGAAGAAUAUAAAUCUCAGGGAUUGAGACCAAGACAUGCGUACUCUGUAUUGGAUGUUCAAGACAUUGGUGGAUUCCGGUUACUGAGGCUUCGUAACCCCUGGGGCCACUACUCGUGGCGUGGGGAUUGGUGUGACGAGUCUCAAAUCUGGACGGCUGACCUGCGGGAGAAGCUCAUGCCCCAGGGUGGCAGUGAUGGUGUCUUCUGGAUUUCUUUUCAGGAUGUACUAAAGUACUUUGACUGCAUCGACAUCUGCAAGGUUCACAGCAACUGGUCAGAGGUUCGUGUCACCGGGUCUCUGCCAUCACUGGCAGAUCGUCGAGCUCUCACACCAACACUAAUAACAGUACUUGAACCAACAGAGGUGGAGUUUACAUUAUUCCAGGAGGGACACAGAAAUUCAGAAAAUUCCCAAAGAUCACCCUUGGAUCUGUGUGUGGUUUUGUUCCGCACUACAACCACUGCUAGUCCAACAGUUGGAGCGCUGGUGAAGCACUCCAAGCGGCAAGUCCGGGGUUUUGUAGGCUGCCAUGCUAUGCUUGAGCCUGGAGCAUACAUUGCAGUAUGCCUUGCAUUCAAUCAUUGGCAUACAGGGCUGGAUGUUUCUGAUGGCUACCCUGGGUAUGUGCAUGCAAUUCACAGCAGCAAACGGGUCGCAGUAGAACAAAUCACGGCCCCAUCCUCCCUCUUGGCUGACUCUCUGAUCAACUUGUGCUUGGCAAAAGGACAGCGUCAUGAAGGCCGACAAGGAAUGACUGUCUAUUAUCUUACCAAGGGGUGGGCAGGACUGGUGGUGAUGGUGGAGAACCGCCAUCCUGAUAAGUGUAUUCAGGUGAUGUGUGACUGCCGGGAGAGCUACAACGUUGUCUCUACACGCGCUCAGCUCAAGACUGUUGACUCUGUACCUCCACUUCACAGACAAGUGAUCAUCGUGCUGACACAGCUGGAGAGUAGCGGGGGCUUCAGUAUUGCGCACCGCCUCACUCACCGCCCAUCCCAUUCAGCUGGCCUCCACGACUGGGGUCCUCCUGGCACCAACCAUGAUCCUGCCAUCGACGGACUUACUCAUGGCCUUCACUCUCCCAGACCUAUAUGAGAGUACAUCAUUUCAUUCUCAAUGCGCAUGAAUCCUUUACCGGCAUCUUUGAUGGAUUAUCCCGACAGAUAUUUACUGAGGCUCCCCUAUGGUGGAUAGCCCAGACUUUCCCGACCCCAACUAUGUGAUACUUGUUUGUACGGUAUUCGGCCAGCAGAGGAGGGUUUUGACAUUACUGUGGUUCUAUUUUCUGAUUACUAGUUGUGGAAUUUCAGGAUUCCCAUGAAAUUUUUUUAUUUCUGGCUGCCAGGUACAUAUUGACAAAACUAAAUUUCAAAGGCAGAAUCAAAAUAACCAGGCACCGAGAGAGGGAGUGUUGCAUCGGCUAGUUAAUACUGCUUUUAGAACAUUGGCACCUCGGCAGCCCUCACACCUAAAACCAUAUCCUUAAACGAAAUAUUUCUCUUUGUACUUUUAUACGUUAGGCUCUGUAUACCUGUAUUCUGUAAGCCUUAACUUGGCGUAAGUCUUUUGACAGGGUAUCAUUCAAGGCUUUGAGGGGUAAAAUAGUGAUUUGUGUUGUGAGAGUCUGAAUGUGUUGAUAUACCAGUGUUAAGAGGAGGUUGUCAUUGUGAUUACACUAAUAGUAAGAAAUUAUAUACCAGGGCCGGUAUACACAACACUUUUAUGUUAAUGACAUAAUAGUACUGUUAGCUACCAGUAAAAUUGAGAAGUUAUACACAAAGCUUAACUAGCAAACUUUUACCGCACAAAUAGUUGUUUUUUAAGUACCGCUAAACAGCGCUAAAGAUAGCAGGAGUUCAUCAUAUAAAAUGGUCUUAUGGCUGAAUAAAAUCUAUAAAAUUGUGAAAAUUAAUUUCAAUAUUUACAUUUAUAUACAUUUUGAUCAUUAAAAUAAAAAAUAAUCUAAUCUAUGCAGUUUGAAGGAGGAUUUAUUAACCAAGGAUAGUGGUCGGUGACUUUUCCUUGCCGUUCUGUUGUAAACAAACAUGUUAUUGAAUAAAUUAGAAGUCUCAACCCACAAAAGAAAAGGAAGCCCAACUGGACAGUGGACCAGACCUUAUUAUUGGUGGAUGUUAUUGAAGAGAAAAAGUUAAUAUUGAAUGGUCGCUUGAAGGCUUUCCUGAAUGAUAAAGACAAAAGAGGGGGUUAUUUUUCGUUAUCAACCCAUCACCUUUUACGAUUUUUUUCUUGCCAUUUACUAGAUCUCAUCGAGUAACGAAAGAAUAUACUUGAAUUAAGCGGCGCAUUCUAAAAAAUAAACGUGAUAUUUGCGAUUUAUUAGUUGUAAAAAUCACGAAUGUUUCGAAGUCCCAAUUUGAUGUUAUGGUGACACUCAGCGUCGCUCUCGUUUUGUUAACCACCCAUCACCUUUUUUCAUAUGAAAUUUUUUUUUUUUCUUAGUUUUCUUGCUGUUUUAGAUCAUUCUGACAUUUGUCUUUGGGGCAAAUCACAUUUUUUAGUUAGGUUACGUUAGGAGGUUAGGACGUGGCCUGUUAGGUCAGG